CUGACCAACCUCCACCGCCAUUGCAGGUCCAGGGAGUCGGUGUAGCGGCAGUCCGUCGUUAGCCAGGGGAAGCCAGCAAGUAAACACUUUUGGGACGGAUAAAAAAAGUAUCAUCACACCGACAGCACAAUAUUCAAAAGGCUUUGAAUUCAUUGAUUUGGACUUUAGAUUAGAGGCUCCCUGGCUGUGCGGCUAGGAUCUGAGAGGAGAAGAAGAAGAAGUCGUAGUUUGUUAGCAGAAGAAGAAACCGGAGGAGAGUGAGAGAGGAACCGCCAUGGCUCAGAUCCUGCCUAUUCGCUUCCAGGAGCACCUGCAGCUCCAAAACUUAGGGAUCAAUCCUGCCAACAUAGGCUUCAGCACCCUCACCAUGGAGUCGGAUAAAUUCAUCUGUAUCCGGGAGAAGGUGGGCGAGCAGACUCAGGUUGUGAUCAUUGACAUGGCCGACCCCAAUACACCCAUCCGCAGGCCCAUCUCGGCGGACAGCGCCAUCAUGAAUCCAGCCAGCAAAGUCAUUGCACUUAAAGCCGCCAAAACUCUUCAGAUCUUCAACAUCGAGAUGAAGAGCAAGAUGAAGGCUCACACCAUGACGGACGACGUUACCUUCUGGAAGUGGAUCUCCCUGAACACAGUUGCACUUGUGACUGACACUGCCGUCUACCACUGGAGCAUGGAGGGUGACUCACAGCCUGUGAAAGUCUUCGACCGCCACUCCAGCCUGGCAGGCUGCCAGAUCAUCAACUACCGUACUGACGCCAAGCAGAAAUGGCUGCUGCUCAUCGGCAUCUCAGCCCAGCAAAAUCGGGUGGUGGGAGCCAUGCAGCUCUACUCUGUUGACAGGAAGGUGUCUCAGCCCAUCGAAGGCCAUGCUGCCAGCUUCGCCCAGUUCAAGAUGGAGGGAAACACAGAGGAGUCGACUUUGUUCUGCUUCGCUGUCAGAGGCCAGGCUGGUGGAAAGUUGCACAUCAUUGAGGUGGGGACACCACCGACUGGCAACCAGCCGUUUCCAAAGAAAGCAGUGGAUGUGUUCUUCCCUCCAGAGGCCCAGAACGACUUCCCUGUGGCUAUGCAGAUAAGCUCCAAGCAAGAUGUCGUUUUCCUUAUUACCAAAUACGGCUACAUCCACCUGUAUGACCUGGAGACGGGCACUUGCAUCUAUAUGAACCGCAUCAGCGGAGAGACCAUCUUUGUCACCGCACCUCAUGAGGCCACCUCAGGCAUCAUCGGGGUCAACAGGAAGGGACAGGUGCUGUCAGUCUGCGUGGAAGAGGAAAACAUCAUCCCCUACAUCACUAACGUGCUGCAGAAUCCAGAUCUGGCUCUCCGCUUGGCCGUCCGCAACAACCUGGCUGGCGGUGAGGAGCUCUUUGCCCGCAAGUUCAACAACCUGUUUGCUGCUGGAAACUACUCCGAGGCCGCCAAGGUUGCUGCAAAUGCACCAAAGGGUAUCCUGCGAACCCCAGACACCAUCCGCCGCUUCCAGAGUGUUCCCACUCAGGCAGGACAGACCUCCCCUCUGCUGCAAUACUUCGGUAUCCUGUUGGACCAGGGCCAGCUCAACAAGUUCGAGUCCCUGGAGCUCUGCAGGCCAGUCCUCCAGCAGGGACGAAAACAGCUUCUGGAGAAGUGGCUGAAGGAAGACAAGUUGGAGUGCUCAGAGGAACUGGGUGACCUGGUGAAGGCAGUGGAUCCCACCUUGGCUCUGAGUGUCUACCUGAGGGCCAACGUUCCCAAUAAAGUCAUCCAGUGCUUCGCAGAGACUGGUCAGUUCCCCAAGAUCGUCCUGUACGCCAAGAAGGUGGGCUACACUCCAGACUGGAUCUUCCUGCUGAGGAACGUGAUGCGGAUCAACCCCGAACAAGGCCUCCAGUUUGCCCAGAUGCUGGUCCAGGAUGAGGAGCCACUGGCUGACAUCACUCAGAUUGUGGAUGUGUUCAUGGAGUACAACCUGAUCCAGCAGUGCACCUCCUUCCUCCUGGAUGCUCUGAAGAACAACAGACCCUCAGAGGGACCUCUGCAGACUCGCCUGCUGGAGAUGAACCUCAUGCAUGCUCCACAGGUUGCUGAUGCUAUCCUGGGCAACCAGAUGUUCACCAACUAUGACCGUGCCCACAUCGCCCAGCUGUGUGAGAAGGCGGGACUUCUGCAAAGAGCCCUGGAGCACUACACCGACCUUUACGACAUCAAGCGUGCUGUUGUGCACACACACCUGCUCAACCCAGAGUGGCUGGUGAACUUCUUUGGCUCGCUGUCAGUCGAGGACUCUCUGGAGUGCCUCAGGGCGAUGCUGUCGGCCAACAUCCGCCAGAACCUGCAGAUCUGCGUCCAGGUGGCCUCCAAGUACCAUGAACAGCUCAGCACGCAGUCUCUCACUGAGCUCUUUGAGUCCUUCAAGAGCUUUGAAGGUCUCUUCUACUUCCUGGGCUCCAUUGUGAACUUCAGCCAGGACCCCGAAGUUCACUUCAAAUACAUCCAGGCUGCCUGCAAGACCGGCCAGAUCAAAGAGGUGGAGAGGAUCUGCAGGGAGAGCAACUGCUACGACCCCGAGCGCGUCAAGAACUUCCUCAAGGAAGCCAAACUCACCGACCAGCUGCCGCUCAUCAUUGUCUGUGACCGUUUCGACUUUGUCCAUGAUCUGGUGCUCUACCUGUACCGCAACAACCUGCAGAAGUACAUCGAGAUCUACGUUCAGAAGGUGAAUCCAAGCCGUCUGCCUGUUGUGGUUGGUGGUCUCCUGGACGUGGACUGCUCAGAGGACGUUAUCAAGAGUCUAAUCCUGGUGGUUAGGGGACAGUUCUCCACUGAUGAGCUGGUCGCUGAGGUGGAAAAGAGGAACAGACUGAAGCUGCUGCUGCCGUGGCUCGAGUCUCGCAUCCACGAGGGCUGUGAGGAGCCCGCUACCCACAAUGCUCUGGCCAAGAUCUACAUUGACAGCAACAACAACCCUGAGCGCUUCCUGAGGGAGAACCCGUUCUACGACAGCCGUGUGGUGGGAAAGUACUGCGAGAAGAGGGACCCCCACCUGGCCUGUGUGGCCUACGAGAGGGGACAGUGUGACCAGGAGCUCAUCAAUGUCUGCAAUGAGAAUUCCCUGUUCAAGAGCUUGUCUCGCUACCUGGUCCGCCGCAAAGACCCCGACCUGUGGGCCAGCGUGCUGCUGGAGACCAAUCCCUUCAGACGACCACUCAUUGACCAGGUGGUGCAGACUGCCCUGUCAGAGACCCAGGACCCAGAGGAGGUGUCCGUCACAGUCAAGGCCUUCAUGACCGCGGACCUGCCCAACGAGCUCAUCGAGCUGCUGGAGAAGAUCGUGCUGGACAACUCUGUCUUCAGCGAACACAGAAAUCUGCAGAACCUGCUGAUCCUGACCGCGAUCAAAGCGGACCGUACCCGUGUGAUGGAGUACAUCAGCAGGCUGGACAACUAUGAUGCCCCUGACAUCGCUAACAUCGCCAUCAGCAACGAGCUCUUCGAGGAGGCCUUCGCCAUCUUCAAGAAGUUUGACGUCAACACCUCUGCUGUGCAGGUGCUGAUUGAGCACAUUGGGAACCUGGACCGGGCCUACGAGUUUGCAGAGCGCUGCAAUGAGCCGGCUGUGUGGAGCCAGCUGGCCAAGGCUCAGCUGCAGAAGGAGCUGGUCAAAGAGGCCAUCGACUCGUACAUCAAAGCUGACGAUCCCUCCGCAUACAUGGAGGUGGUGCAGGCUGCUGAUAAGAGCGGUAACUGGGAGGACCUGGUGAAGUUCCUUCAAAUGGCUCGUAAGAAGGCCCGCGAGUCCUACGUGGAGACAGAGCUCAUCUUUGCUUUGGCCAAAACCAACCGCCUGGCUGAGCUCGAGGAGUUCAUCAACGGACCGAACAACGCCCACAUCCAACAGGUCGGUGACCGCUGCUACGAUGAGAAAAUGUACGACGCUGCUAAGCUGCUGUACAACAACGUGUCCAACUUUGGUCGUCUUGCUUCGACUCUGGUGCACCUCGGAGAGUAUCAGGCAGCUGUGGACGGAGCCCGCAAGGCCAACAGUACCCGCACCUGGAAGGAGGUGUGCUUCGCCUGCGUGGAUGGGAAGGAGUUCAGACUGGCCCAGAUGUGCGGCCUCCACAUCGUGGUGCACGCUGACGAGCUGGAGGAGCUGAUCAACUACUACCAGGACCGUGGAUACUUUGAGGAGCUGAUCACCAUGCUGGAGGCCGCCCUGGGCCUGGAGCGCGCUCACAUGGGCAUGUUCACAGAGCUCGCCAUCCUUUACUCCAAGUUCAAGCCCCAGAAGAUGAGGGAGCACCUGGAGCUCUUCUGGUCCAGAGUCAACAUCCCCAAAGUCCUGAGAGCGGCGGAGCAGGCUCACCUGUGGGCCGAGCUCGUCUUCCUGUACGACAAGUACGAGGAGUUUGACAACGCCAUCAUCACCAUGAUGAACCACCCAACAGAUGCCUGGAAGGAGGGACAGUUCAAGGACAUCAUCACUAAGGUGGCCAACGUGGAGCUCUACUACAAAGCCACCCAGUUCUAUCUGGAGUUCAAGCCCUUGUUACUGAAUGAUUUGCUGAUCGUGCUUUCUCCCAGACUGGACCACUCCCGCGCUGUCAACUUCUUCAGCAAGGUGAAACAGCUGCCUCUGGUCAAGCCGUACCUGCGGUCAGUACAGAAUCACAACAACAAGUCAGUCAAUGAAGCACUUAACAACCUCUUCAUCACAGAGGAGGACUAUCAGGCACUGAGGACAUCAAUAGAUGCCUACGACAACUUUGACAACAUCUCCCUGGCGCAGCGUUUGGAGAAACACGAGCUGAUCGAAUUCAGGAGAAUCGCUGCGUACCUCUUCAAGGGUAACAACCGCUGGAAACAGAGUGUGGAGCUCUGCAAGAAGGACAAGCUCUACAAGGAUGCCAUGCAGUACGCAUCAGAGUCCAAGGACACAGAGCUGGCGGAGGAGCUGCUGGCCUGGUUCCUGCAGGAGAACAAGAAGGAGUGUUUCGCCGCCUGCUUGUUCACCUGCUACGACCUGCUGCGGCCCGAUGUGGUGCUGGAGACCGCUUGGAGGCACAACAUCAUGGACUUUUCUAUGCCAUACUUCAUUCAGGUCAUGAGGGAGUACCUCAGCAAGGUUGACGCAGUUCAGGAACAGGUAGAUAAACUAGAAACCUCAGAGUCCCUAAGGAAAGAGGAGGAGCAGGCAACAGAGACGCAACCCAUCGUCUACGGCACACCCCAGCUGAUGCUGACAGCGGGCCCCAGCGUACCCGUGGCCCCUCAGCAAGCUUACGGCUAUGGCUACCAGGCGCCUGCAGGAUUCAGUCAGCCAGCACCUCAGCCAGGAUUUGGCUACGGCAUGUAAAGACCCCCAGUCCCCCUCUCUUUUCUCUGCUACACGCAGGCUGGAGCUACCAUCCAUCCAUCUCCCACAGUCCUUCACCAGACCAUUAUUAUUAUUAUUAUUAUUAUUGUCUCUCUCUGCCCCCUACUGGCAGCGCAGGAUAAUACAGACAAACCUUUUCCUUCUUUUUUUUUUUUUUGUUUUUACUCUUUUGAAACUGUCAUGAAGGACUCUUGUUUUAUUUCUGUUGUCAAAGAAAAAGCAUCACAAAGAUUAAUUUUCUCACAUUCCAUAUUGACUAGAUUAAUUCUUCUUUUUGUCUAUUUUAUUUGAAUGGGAAAUGGUUUACGUAUAAUGGGGUGGGGUGGGGGGGGGGGGGGCUUUUUGUGGCUUUUUUUUUCUGGUUUAAGAAAAAAAAAAGAAAAAACAAGGUCUGUUGUGAAGCAUCUGAUUUGCACUCUGUAGUGAGAAGAAUUAAUGUAGAACCUUUUUUUUUUUUCCUUUUUGACGUGUGUGAGCAGCUUCUUCUGUCCGACUGUAAAAUGCAUUUGAUUAUUGUAUAUUCAGACACAAAAAAAUAAUGCUAAUAUGUUCCUCUAUAUUUGAACAUGAGACUGCCGCUUCCAUGACCACCAUCCUGAAACACUACGUCGUACCUGUCAUGUCCCCACACACACACACACGCACUUCAGGACUGUCUAGUGAUGAGUGAGAGUAUUUUACAUACGAUUUACAGGAAAGCUUCCAUCUUUCCAGCAAAACCUAUGCAGGACUCUCCAAAAAAAAAUAUCCCCACAACAUUUCCAUGUGCUCUAAAUACGGCUCUUACGUGGGACCAUUUCACCUCCGAGGGACUGCAGAUCUGUUUGUGUUUGACUAACAUCCCCCCUCCCCUCCCUCCUGAUCCUCCUUUAUGCUGCGGUUUGUUUCUGCUGUUUGGUCACUGUUGUUAAGUGUGCAGGAGAUAUAUUUUUCAAACGUUAUCCUCCUCCUUCGUGUCCUGUUGAGGGAUGUCUUUUAACCUUUUCUCAGUUGACCCCCCCCCCCCCGCUCGUCCGCUUCAGAUACACAGGACUCGUGGUAAUUUUGAAGAUUUUAUCAAAGGCUUGCGUGUAUACCGGAAUUCAAUCAUUAACUCCUUUGAACUUAUAUUCUUAUCUAAAAAUUACCUUAGAUUUAAAUUGUGCACUUAAGAAACUUGAUUGUGCAUAGUCAGGAUCAUAAUGAAUGAAACAGCGGUUUUUGUUUUCCACUUAAAAAAAAUAAAGGCUUCUUGUUUGUCAACAACA